AAGGUUUUCUUCCAUGACUCACAAAUAGACGCUUACUUUUGCAUAAUUGAAAAGAAGUUUUUACUGAUUGUUUUAACAAUACAAGAUCCCAAGAUGUCCAAGACUUCAUUUAAACCAAAUAAAGAAUUAUCUGCAGUAUGUGAACAGAUGUGGAAAGCCGACACCAAUCGCCUGACUCCUGAAGUAGAUUAUAGCAUAGAUCCUCAGGGAAGGACGAGAUAUAAUACUACCAAUGACAGUGCCUCUGAUCCAUUCUUCUCUUACCUCAAACCUGAUGUGCUUAAAAAAGGAACUUAUGCAGCAUUUGUCAAGCUUCUUGAUAACUACACCUCAGACACUGGCAAGAGGGAAGUCGUGACUCAAGAGGAGAUCAAUGAAAAUCGUAUCUUUAUUGAUCUAAUCUAUGAAACAGGUCCAAUCCAGAUUGCCCACAAGUACCUUGCUUCCAAGGGCUUGGUACCUGCUGACCGACCUUCUUUUAAAAAGAAGCUGUAUUCCCUGUGGUUUGACUUGUAUUCUCGUACAAGAGGCUGCAGAGGUGACUCUUCAGGAUUUGAACACGUGUUUGUCGGAGAAACACGCAACAAGGAAGAAGUCAUUGGCUUCCACAACUGGAUUCAGUUUUACCUUCAGGAGAAAGCUGGACUCGUUGACUACAAGGGAUUCUUCCCCAACAGAAAUAAACGACGCGCUAGUAGCGAGGAAAUGAAGGAAUGCCAGCUAAUGACCAUCAAAUUUUCCUGGAAGAAUGGUAUGAAACCACUAGGCAGCUCCUUCAUUGGAACCAGCCCAGAGUUUGAGGUUGCCAUGUACACCGUUUGCUUCCUGGCCGGUGGAGGAAAAGACGUCCACCUGGACAUGGAAGAGUAUGAUGUCAUCAUCAAAAUCCACGAGUACAGUGGCGGCAAGUACAUUGGUUCUUGUUAUCCACAGGCAGCAUGAAUAAGCAUUUAUUAAUUCAAGAGGCUAGUAAGGGGUUUAUUAAGAGUUGGGCAUCGGAGAAUGCUCUGAUAAAUGAGCAAAAUUCUUCGGCUUAAACUCACGUAAACAGCCUAUGGAACCCCGAGUGUAUUAGAGUAGGGUGACUCUUCUGCUAGGGACAAAUCUUUUGUUUUCCUUUCCAGGGGGACACUUGAAUCCCCAGCAGUACGGUCACCCACACUUCAUAUAAACAGGCUCAUUUAAUUCAAUUUUAUAAAUUAAACUUUUACGAUUUGUGAUAACUCUAGCUUACCGUUUGUAAUAAUCGUCUAUACAUUACUGACUAAUUAUGGUCGAUGUUUUUGCAGAAAUGUCAUAAACGAAACCGUUUUCUCAAGA